UUUUGAAAAUACACGUCGGCUGUUUACGACGCACCCUGAUGCUACAACUUUCUGGUGUUUUUACAGUUACGCACUCACAAGAGCAUGAGAGCCAUGCCUUUUCCCUACAGGUUUAGAAGUAUCAUCUACGAGUACCAGCCGCUGGUGGAUGCCGUGAUGCGUGUCGUUGGACUGGAGGAAGCCGAUGGUAGUCAACAGGACAGAGGUCUGGAGGAUGAGUCCAGGGUGUGUAACUCUCUGGUGGAGCUUCUGGAGCGAGAGUCAAAGUCAGAAGUGUUUGUGGAAGGUAUCAGCUGUGCCCUGUUUAAAGUGGCAGAGCAGGGCCUGGUCUACGCAGCUGAAGUCCUUCUACGCUUUGGAGCUGAUCUAAACUUUCAAGACCCAGUGUCUUUCUACAAUCCACUACAUGUAGCAGUUUUAAGGAACAGACCAAACAUGGUGAAGCUGCUGGUUGGACAUGGAGCUGACAUUGAAAAGAGGGACAGGAUCCGUGAGAACAGUGCCUUGGACCUUGCUAGUGAGACGUCAGAGCGACUCCCCUGCCUGCUCACCUUGCUGGACCUCGGAGCUGCUGUGAAUGCAAGAGAUAAACAUGGAAAAACACCUUUGUUCCAUGCCUUGGCAAACAGUUGUGGACUGACUGAGCGCAACACAGAGAACAUCGAGCUUCUUCUUGAGAGAGGUGCCAACAUUAAUGCUGCAACUGCAGACGGUGAAACAGUUCGGUCCUCGUUGGUGUUUCUGGUAAAGGAGGCUCUGAAGGCCAGUGCGGAGGAGGCUGCUGAGAUCGGUGCCUUCUGCUUGAAAGUCACACGUCUUCUGCUGGCUCACGGUGGGGACCCCAGCUGCUGUCUGAAUCAUCACGGUGAGCCCUCCUUGACGCAGACGAGCCUGGAGCACUUUGACCUGCUCUUCCCUCUGGCUGUGCUCUUAAUGCAGAGCGGAGUUGGUUUGGUUUGCGUCUAUCACAGCUACCCCUGUUGGUCGGGUUACAGACUCCUUUUCCAGAGGCUCCAAACGGUCCUGAAGCAGUGCUCUGAUCAAAGUCAAGCCACUGAGCUGCUGGAGCAAGCUGAGAUGUUGCUCGACCUAGCGAGGGUAAACUUCCCCAAGCUGCAUGUCCCUCGCAGGCUGGAGCUCCCCGUGCCCGGUCAGGACCCUCACCCACAUGCUCAGGCUCUGGUAGACCUCCAUGAACGUGAAGUAGAGCAUGAAGCAAGCCCUCCAACUCUUCAAUGCCUUUGUAGGGUAUGCAUAAGGCGCUACCUACAGCCCUGGCCCCUGGAAGACAGAGUCAAAGCCUUGCCUUUACCACACAUACUGAAAGACUUUCUUCAUCCCGAGCACACAUAUACCCCAAAGCCUGGCUGGGAUUGCUUCAAGCCCCAGCAGAGCCAGCGCUGACGAACUGCUGGCUAGUUUCUGUGCUACCCUAAAAUCUGAAAUAAAAGACUGAACAUACUUGAAAUAAUUUAUGUGAAAUAUUUGACCAUAAAUGAAGCUAAAUCGAACUUACCAUCGAGGCCUUUGUUGAAUUCUUGUUCUGUUUUGUCUGUGCCAAAUUGACAUUUAUUUUGUACAAAUGAGUGUUUGAGUAGUAAGCCCUUGUUCACUGUUAUGAUUAUAACUGCUCUAUUAUUGUGAACCGGGGGCUGCACAGUGAUUCGGUCUUGCAGCUUGAAGAUCCCCGACCUGGGCCUGGGAUCUUUCUGCAUGGAGUUUGCAUGUUCUCCCCUG